AUGGAGUACAGCAGCUCCCCGAAGCCGCAGCUGUCCUCGCGGGCCAACGCAUUCUCCAUCGCCGCCCUCAUGUCCAGUGGUAAGCCGAGUAAGGACAAGGACGCCGGGCCGGACGGCAGCACUAUUAAGCCACUCGAGCAGUUCGUUGAGAAGUCUUCGUGCGGACAGCCGGACCACUCGACGUCAUCGACGGCGGCGUCUAUGGACGUCGUACAGCCGCUCGCCGGUGAGCUGUUGUCAGGGGUUGCGCCGUGUACGGAGCCGCUGAUCCCGAGCAGCCCGGGGGUUCCGUGCAGCGAGGAGAUGGCAAACAUCUCCUGCAGCCUCGAGACCAAAGAGCUCUGGGAUAAGUUCCACGAACUCGGGACAGAGAUGAUCAUCACCAAAUCGGGAAGGCGGAUGUUUCCGACCAUCCGAGUGUCUUUUUCUGGCGUAGAGCAGGAGUGCAAGUAUAUUGUGUUGAUGGACAUUGUUCCGGUGGACAACAAGCGGUACAGAUACGCUUACCAUAGAUCAUCGUGGCUGGUGGCCGGAAAAGCUGACCCUCCUCUACCUGCCAGGUUGUACGUCCAUCCAGACUCUCCGUUCAGUGGCGAGCAGCUGAUGAAGCAAAUGGUUUCCUUCGAGAAGGUCAAACUCACCAAUAAUGAGCUGGACCAGCACGGACAUAUCAUCCUCAACUCCAUGCACAAGUACCAACCUCGCGUCCACAUCAUCAAGAAGAAGGAGCACACGGCUUCGCUCCUUAACUUCAAGUCAGAGGAGUUUCGAACUUUCGUCUUUGUGGAAACGGUCUUCACCGCUGUCACCGCCUACCAGAACCAGCUGAUCACCAAGCUGAAGAUCGACAGUAACCCAUUCGCCAAAGGAUUUCGGGAUUCGUCACGACUGACAGAUAUGGAGAGGCUUUUUCUCUUGGACUUCCGCUGCAGGGAAAGUGUUGAGAAUCUGAUCCACAAGCACUCUUACGCCCGCUCGCCCAUCCGAACGUACGCCGGAGAAGACGACCGCACGCCCGAUGAUGGACACCCAACACACGCCAGAGGUUCCGCGUUCACAGCGUCGGACAACCUGUCGCUGAGCUCUUGGGUGAGCGGCAGCGCGGCGGGUUUCUCGGGUUUCCAGCCGCCUCCAUCGCUGCCACACCCCAUCCAGGGCCCAUUGGCGCCUUAUGGCCGACUGGCUGUCGGGCCACUGGCGCCUGCCGGAGGUGGUGGCGGACCGGCUUUCCCGUCCUUCCAUGUGCCACGCUACCACCACUACUUCCAGCAAGGGCCCUACGCCGCCAUUCAAGGCCUACGCCACUCCUCCGCGGUCAUGACACCUUUCGUAUGA